UUGCAAAAUUGGUACCGUCAAAAUUCUAGACUGAAUUAUUUGAUUCUUUAGCAUUAAAAUGUGCUGUGGCUGAACCUUCAAGAUUUUUGUCAUGUUUGACGUUUUAAAAUGAUAUUUUGUGUCUAGUAAAAAUUUUUUAAAACACUUUUUUACACAAUUUUUAAUCCAUGAAAUAACUACGCAAUGCCAUGGCAUCCUUUAAAAUGUCUUUGCGGCAAGUUUACUUUAGGCCAAAGGUAUGUACUUGUAAUUAUGAUGCAGUUGGCACUACUAAAUGCCUACCAUUUGCGAGUUGUUCUAAACAUUGCUAUAACAGAGAUGAUACAAGAUCGAAAUAAUGUAACGAGUCACGCUUGUCCCAAUUAUAUCUAUGAACCAAUUGAGGAGAUACAUGGUGGAACUUUUAAAUGGAAUCACGACUUGGAGGCUGGCAUACUCUAUGCAUUCUUUACAAGUUACUUUAUUAGUCACAUACCAGGAGGAUGGCUGGCCGAUAAAUUUGGAGCCAGGCAUGUAAUGGGUGCCUGCAUGGUGGUGUCUUCAGUGGUGUCCAUAUUGACCCCUCUGGCAAUACAAUAUGGUAGCUCCUGGGGAGCUAUCGUAUUGAGAAUUAUAUUAGGAUUUGCUCAAGGUCCAAUGUUUCCAGCUAUUUCUACUUUUAUACAGUUUUGGAUACCAAAACACCAAAGGGGCUUUUUGGGAGGAAUUGCGUUUGGAGGUUCAAAUAUGGGAACUGUCACUGGAAGUAUGCUGACAGGGAUGAUGAUAACAGCGGCCAAAAGUUGGGUAGUUCCAUUUUAUGUUUGGGGAAUAUUAGCCUUAAUAUGGUGUUUCUUCUAUUACAUAUAUGUAUUUUCAAGGCCUACUACACAUCCUUUUAUCACCGAAGAAGAAAAGAAUUAUCUGAUUACUGAAGUGGAGCACAGAACGAAGUUUAAGGUACCUUGGAAGGCUAUUUUUACCUCCCUGCCUGUUUGGGGACUACUAGCUGGUCAGCUCAGCCACAACUUCAUCUUCUUUACUCUUCUAACCGAUUUGCCGAAAUAUCUAAAAGAAAUCUUGAAGAUGAACGUUAGAGCCAACGCUACCACAACAGCCUUACCUUUCCUAGCCCUGUGGGUGGCGAAUAUAUUCUUCGCAUACGUGGCGGAUUUUGUAACCAACAGAAAUUUGUUAAGUUUAGUAGUUGCCAGAAAGUUGUACACCUCUUUUGCUUGCAUAGUACCUUCUUUAUUGCUGAUUCUUAUGGUAUACGUUGGAUGUAGCCGAGUGGCAGCCCAGGUGUUGGUUACAGUAGCAUUCUUCCUCGUUGGGCCCUUUUUUUCUGGCAUGAAGGUCAACGUCAAUGAUAUUACUAUUCAUUACGGAGGUACCAUAAUGGCUAUUGUCAAUGGUCUAGGAUCGCUUACCGGUAUUGUUGGACCUUAUAUGGUUGGAGCUAUAGCAAAAAAUGAGACGUUGGAAGAAUGGAGAUUAUGUAUGUGGAUUAUAUUGGCCGUUUCAAUUUUUCUUUCCGUAAUUUAUUGCCUAACAGCUAAAGCAGAGAGGCAAAGUUGGGAUUAUCCAGAAAAAGAAGAUGAAAACUCGAAAGUUGGCGGAACGUAGUUCAAUCAUAUUGUCAGAUCGUUAUACAUAACAAUGUAUAAUUUAUUUACUAUUUUAAAAAUAUCAAUAAAAUGUUGUUAGUGUAGGAAACAAAGGUUGAACCUUGCAAAAUGGAGACAAGUCCGGUUUUAUUUUUUUUUCUGGUAUAUCAAGGGGUGCUUAUUAUAAGACUAACUUUUUCUGAAAAAAUUUCGCCCCGGAACAUCCCUUUUCACCCCAUUAAAGUGGGUAAUUUGUGGUUUUUGCGGAACGCAGCCCUUCCUGCACCUUUUACAAAAAAUUUAUUUUAUAGAAAUAUGAAGAGGACUAUAUUUUCUACGAUUUAUUUCUGACAGCAUCUCUCUAUCAUCCACCGUUUAGCGGGGGUGGCGCCCUAAAGUUGACAAGUUUUUAAAAAAGAUGUUUUUAAAAAAUAUAUAUUUUUCCCUAAC